GUCCUGAAUUUCAAGUAGGAGGACCGCAACCGGAACGAUUCCUGUGGCAAAAUUCCUGAGCGUACGCAGGGAGAAUUUGAUGAGGGAAAGAGAGACACAUUUGCUGGGAUUGGCCCCCAUAAAAGAGACAGUAUUCCUGUUUGCCUGUAUUGAAAUACCUGUAAACUAGAUUAAUGUAUUAGCAGGCUUGUGCUAGUCUUUUGCUAAUCUUCUGGCGACAUGAUAUUGGGGUUGCCAAACAGGACUGUGAUGAAAUCGUACACAAAUUUCUUGUUAGGGGGGAUAUCGAAAUAACUUUUAAAAAUCUGCAACAUCGACUGAAGACAUAGAAAACCACUCAGAUUUUGACCUGUGAGAUAAAUACGCAAACUGGACAGUAUAUUUAUUGCGGGGCUCUGACAACUUACCUUGUCAAUUUUAAAUCUCGGUGAUAAAAAGAACAACUAAUCAGCAGGUGUAUCUAAACAAACAGGUGCUCCCACAUAUUGUUUUCAGUAGAUUUAUUGUCGGGGAAAAAAACAAAAACAGAUACGUCACUCAGGCAAUCUAUGAAGUGAUUUCGCAAGACUUGUUGAUGCGAAGAGGAUAAAAAAGAUUGCCACCAAUCUAAGUGAAAAAAUUUUUUUGAUUUUAUCUCGAAGAUUCCAUCCCAGUCUGGCUUAAUACUUUAAGGGAGCAUCCACAUCAUUGUCAUCACAAUCCAUAUCCAAGGGCCCCAUCACCUAACACACAGGCCAGGUGUGUUGAUUGACAUUAGGCAUCCAUACUUGGGGGCACCAAGGUUAAAGCACAGGGGCACUUGCGCUGGCGACAAAGAGACUGUUGAGGGAUGACAGAUUGUGGUCAUUUGCGGUGUAAUCAGGCGAGCAGUGUGUUUCAUACCUGGCUAAGUUACUACACAGGUCUUCUCGGGUGACGGGGCAGUGUUCCUCUCAUCUCUCUCUGUAAGUGGAGCCGUCAUUCAGAAAAGAGAUAGGAAAGGAAGUGGACGCCUGUGUAUACACACACUGCUGUGACAGGACUGCUUUAACUGAGAUCGUGUGUAUAUGAUCAUAACAUUAAGAAGGAAUCUUAAAGUGGGGAACAUACCUUUACCUGUCAGUUGUAUACCAGACAAGAUAGGACAGGGACUUCUAUGAUCAUUGAUGAAGAGGAGAAUUAUUUGUGAUUUGGACUGAACACUAAGGACUGCUACUGCUGCUGUCAUUCACCGGACCCUGUUGUGUGCAGUGACUGUAACUAUAACAACAUCAACAUCUAGUUUUAUUGGAGAGUGCACUUUGUAAUCAGCAGUCAGAUCUGCCGAGAUAUACAUUUUUACAACCUGAGGGGGAAUUUAUAUUAUUAUAUCAGACACAGGGCAGGCAACAUGACACACUCUCUCUCCUGACGAAGCGAGCCAUUAUCAACAGGGAAACUUGAUACCAUUUCAUUAUCAGUGUUAUAAUCCAAAAUAGACACUAUUGAUUACAUCGAUAUAUAGGUAUUAUAUAUAUAGAUAAUUAUCACUCCUGUGUGACUAUGGAAAAAGAAGGGAGAAAACGCAGUGCUAAUGUGCAGAGGCUUCGCGACUGGGUCUCCAAUCACAAUAAGCUGAACCUUGCCAUGGACUUUUUGAAUAUAGGUGCAGAUCUGAUGUUGAACAAUUCAGACCCCAAGAGCUCAGGGAGCGGGAUUGAGGAGAUGUCUGACGGAGCCGAGUCUCCAUUGCCCCCGACUGCGUCAACCACAGUGGAAGAGGAUCAUAUGAAUAGUAGGGACUCUGAUAAGGAAUCUGACAGCGGGAUUUCAAAUGCCAAAAAUGAUUUGGAGAGUGAGAGCGACAAUGAUAAAGAAGUUGAAAUGUACAUGCAUAAAGGAGGUGAUGAAAAUCAUGAGGGAGACAAGGUGGAGAACACAGGUUUGGAUUUGAGCAAAGAGAAAGUGGAGUCUCAGACAGAAAAUAGAAGGUCAGUAGUUAAUGAUUUAGAUAACGAACAAACUGAUGAUGCAGAAAAAACAGAACCAAGAUGGUCGCCCAAAAGCUGCCACUGUAAAGUGAGGAAAUACGUGGCAGCAGAUGGCGGUGAGUUUGAGAGUAAAAUUUUAUGCACUAACUGUCGCCUCAACAAGGGAAAACAACACAGGAAAGCAACUAGUGACAAUGACAUGGAGUUCACAGGAGAACAUGUAGGUGGCGCAGUUUUACGCCGUAGGAAUAGAGAUCUAGCGCUAGGGAAUCACCAUGGCGAUGAUGAUAACUUAGAACUUCCACAGAAGACAAAUUCAGCUUCGUCAAGAAGAUUUAACCGAGUGUCGCGUCUGGAGCGCCUCAAGCAGUGGGUAGAGGAUGUGGACUUGGCUAGCGUGUGGUCAAGCCAGAGUGACCCUCCACCUGUCCACCAUGAAGUGACCACACCGGUCAGUAUGCCAAAAGUGGAGGCUGACCAUCCAGAAAAUAAAGAAGGUGAAACAUCGACUCAAAAAUCAAAGAUAUUGGAUAGUAAGGAGAAUGAGCUAUCUGGAAUAGAAAAUUUGAAAGAGAAGCCUGAAGUUGGCGACAAUGGUCAAGAUGUAUCUGAAGGGUCACGACUGGUCACAGUCUCUUCUAAUGGUGACCAGGUAAAGGCAAGUGACCCUGCUGAAGAGUUAGAAAGCACAAAGAUCGAGGGGAAAAAUGAUGAGAGGAAAAAUGUUGGGGCAUGUUUAGAAGGAUCAGAAACUGUUGAAGAUACAUUAGCAGAGGCCAUUGAUGAAGAAGAAGUUGAAGAUGAAUGUGAAACUACGCUCACAUUUCACAACGCAGAUAUUGUUGAUUGUGAAAACCAGGACAGUAUGGAAAUUAUUGAAGAGUCAGAAAAAGAAAAUGAAAAUGAUCAAGAGGGAGAUAUAGACAGCCAUACAGCUCAGAAUGAGCUUUAUCCUUGGCUUCCAGAUCAUGAUGAUGUCAGCCCUUCAAAAAGUCUGGACACCUCGGCCCUUCUGACCACUAUUGUGGAGGAGGCGCCAUCUUCAGUAGCGGCAAAUGCCUUGCUAUCGCCCGAUGAGGGGAUCCAUGAUGUUAGUGCCACUCUCUCCCUCUUAGAUACGUCUCUUGGGCAGACGGCUUUUUCAAAGUCAGACUUUCCUCGUCCUCUGUCAACGUCAUCUCCUAAAAGUGAAUCGUUGCAUAGCGGAAGCAAUCAGAGUUUGAACGACAGCGGUGUCAGUGCGCCGAACUCUGCAUGCAUGGAAACUAUGAGCUUGUGUAGUCGGAGCUCUACCCCAACACCAAGGAGGAAAAGCUACAGAGAAAGAAGUCAAAGUCUAUCAGAUAUUGGGUACCAUACUGGUGCCUCUGCCCUCCUCCGAGUUCCUAACAAGAAUGCCCGGCCCAUCUCGGACAGCCAUCUUAGAAAGAAGCUACAGGGAAAGAAAAAUGUCCGUCUUCCAGAGAAGGACCAAAGAAUCCUGGAGCUUAUGAUGAGCAAGCAUGAAGAGGAGGCUUAUCAGAAUCAGCUCCAGCGCGACGCCAAGCUCAGCUGGGAUGAACAGAGGCGAGCUGAGAAACAGACCACAGAGAACCAAAGACGCCACAGUAUGACCAAACCCAGCAAUGGCCGCCUGCGUAGAUCUAACAGCGCCAUACAGCAUUCCAAUCGGUAUCAGGCUGAUUGUGCUUUGCAGGCUGAGCAGCUGGCCAAGCUGAAGGAAGAAGAGCUGGCCCUGAAGAUGGAUAGGAAGCAGUACCUUGAAUUCAAGCAGAAACAGUGGGAAGAGCUGCAUAGGAAACAGCAGGAGGCUAAGGCUCAGAAAGUUAUGGAGAAGAAGAAGAAGGAACUUGAAAGAAAGAGAUCUGUGGAGCGUGCCCUGCAGCUGAAGGAACAGGAAGAGGAAGAGUACAGGGAACAGAUGAAGAAAAAAUUGGAAAAUAAUUUGAAGAGAGCCAACUCCAAAAAAGAGAGCAAGGAACAGAAAGAAUUAAUGCAAAGGAAAUAUGCUAAAGAAGCUGUAGCUAAACGUGUUCAGCAGAGAAAGGAAGAAAUCGCCAAAUCUCGGAGAGAGGACUUAGAAGAUCUGAAAGCGUCUAUAGAGUACAAGCAUGCUGUAGCCGAGGAAAACCUACAGAAAGUAGAGGAAGAAAAAGAACUACAGCUCCGGAUGAGCCAUCAUGAGAGGGAGAAAAAGAUGGCCAAGACGAGACGUAGCCUGAUGGAACAAGAGAUAGAGAUGGCUAUGUGGCGGAAAGAGCUGGGAGAACAUAGAAAAGAAAUAGAGGAGAAGGCGGCUGAAGUUGCCCACAUGACAGUGGAGCAGAAGGCAAGAAGAGCUCAGGAGGAGAGAAUUGCUAAAGAAAAAGAACACAGGAGAAACUUGCAGAGGUUAAAGAAAGAUGAGGAGGCCUGGAAGGAGGAGAUGAAGGCCCAGAUAGCAGUCAAGGAGUUCAAAUCAAAACUUAUCCAACAGGAGAAAGAUCAGACUAUUGAAGAAUCUCGUGCUAUAGCGGCACAAUCCCAGCAACUCAGGGAUGACAUACGAAGGUCAUACAACGCAGACUCUUUUGAUAAGAAAGCCAAGCAGGUUGCUCUUCAGAACAGGACUCUGGGGGUUCAAGGUGCUACCAAAAACAUGUCCUCACUGUCUCUGGGUUGAAGCAGAGAGGAGAAAAGAGAUGGUUUGAAGCAGAAUUUUCGAGUAGCUGAAAGAAUCUGGGACCAUUGACUUUUUUAAAUAAAUCUUUGACCCUGGACCAUCCUAAGCUAAAAAGUUGUGGUAAUCUUGAUCUGAGUUUGGUGUCUUGAAAAAAAGAGGAUGGAUAAAGACCCAUUUUCAGCUGAAUCAAAAAUUUAGGACCUUGUUCCUAUUUCUGCUGAGAAAAGUCGUAGGACAAGAGAUUAUCCUAAGCUGUGAAAUUCAUAGGACAGUGGGCCAUUCUUAACUAAAAGUUAUGGGUCCUUGGUCUGAUGUCAAUUGGAAAGCACAUGACUUUGGGUCAGUCUUGUCUAAAGACAUGUCACCAUACCCCAUUCUUACAUAAAAACUGUUCUCACAUGAAGCAUGCAGACAAAUAUUGGGUCUGUAAAUCAUCAUAACUUAAUAGAGGAAAAGUAAAGUCAGAGCACCACGACAGAACACCUCGCAGAGACUGCAGGUACCCUGUUACCAUUGCAGUUACAACUGAACAACUCCCCAAAACACCAAGGAAACUGAAAAACUUUUCAGAAUUGGACAGAAAAUUGGGCUAAAGCAAAUAGGCCUGCUUUGGUUUCAGAAACUGUCAUUAUAGGACAUGAAGAGGCAAGGAAUGACUUGUGGUACCUUAGGACCUUCAGUGGUACCUUGCAAAUUUGUACAUGCCUGAAACGGUGCCACAAAAUUUCACUCGGUGUUCUGUUCCCAAAAUGCCUUAAGAGAAACACAAGCAGGAUCUGAAUCUUUGUAUAACAGAGUCUUCAAUGAGGACAGCAGAUGAGGUCAAAUCCACACAGAUGAUGUUGACAGCCUGCACCAGGUGGUUUCAUUGUGUGCCAUGUGAAAUGGAUAAUGGCACGGCUUUGAAACAGAUUUUGGAAUUGAACUUAUUUGUUCAUAGUGAUUGAAAUCAUUCCAGGUCAAGUUUGUGAGGCAAGGUAACUGUGCAGCUCUUGUCGUAACUGACAGGUACUAGACAUUCCACUCUGAGUGAUUGCUAGGACACUGAAACAAUUGUUUUAAACUGACCUGGCACAUUAAAAAUGUUAGCAAUGGCAAAUUUGCCUGUUAUUGUUACAUUUUCCCUCUUCUCUUGCCAUGUUCUUUGUUGACUGUGAAGUGCACAAAUUGGUGCAGAAAAGCAAGGUACUAGUAUAUUGAAAUGGCUCAAAUUGUAAACGGGGAACAUGUAAUAGGUGAGAAUUUCGAAAGAGAAGCAGACCUUCAGUAGAUAUUUGCUACUACCCACUGGUACAUGCUGCCUCUUAAAACCUGUCAGCUAUAAUGGCCGUAGGCAGAUCUUAUAGAUGGAAUGGACUAUGACUAGAUGCUUCCUUUUUGAAGAUGGAUCUAGCCUGGCCAAGUCUUGUGCAAUAGCUCCAUUUUUAACCAUCAGAAGCUACAUGUGGUCCAUAUAGGGAGUCGACUUUCAAUUCCUUCCAAGAGUUGUUCAGCAAUGUGAAUAAUUUCAUGAAAAAGUAAGAACUGAUUGUGUCCUGUUAAGAGGACUUGGUGAUGUGAGAUUUAACAGUCAACAUCCCUUUGAGUGUCUGAAAAUGACACAUCUUAGAGAAAGCCCCUAAUAUGGGUCAUUAUAUUUUAUAUGCUAUUACAUUUUUCUGAUGAAUGGAUUAAUGGGGUCAUAUGUCAGCUUCCAGUUGAUCCAUAUAGAUCUGAUCUAAAGCAGGUAUAUAUUGUAUAGGGCAAAGUAUAAUUUAAAUGUUAAUAACAACAGUAUUUUAUAACUGGUGCUAUGUUGUAUUUUAAAGGCUAGACCAAAAAAUAACCCUCACAAACUGAUAAUGGAACACAAAGCUUUUUCCUAAGAGAUUAGAUAUUGGAACCUUGCUUCUUAGAUAAUUAUCCUGUCAGUUGGAAGUUAGUUCAAUACUCUCGAGUUAUGACUAAAUAAUUAAUAGUAGUGAAACAUAUAUGGCAGGUGAAUUUUAUUUUAUUUUCAAUUGAAAGAUAUGGAAAAAAUGUUAAGAGUUGUAAGAGAUGCUUUGUUGUUUUGAAAAGAGUGGAUUAAUGUAUUUGUUCUUUAUUCUCCAUGGGGAGAUGAUUCAAUGUUUUAGAAACAGCCUGGGUAGAUCUGUAAAUGUUCAUAAUUACUUUUUACUAAUUGGAAGAAACAAAACCAGAGUCAUAAUGAAAAAUUACCACUGAAUGUAAGGAGGAACCUAAAUUACUUGAUGGAAUGUUGGAUGAUGAAAGUUUAUUAUUAUUAUUAUUGUGAAAAAGGACUAUGAGGGUAUUAACUUUGUUAUUAUGAGGUAUUCAUAAGUUUUUAGACAGGAUUACAUUAUUUUAAUUCAUGAAUAUAGCCUUUAUUUUGUAUAUUUCAUUUAACUUCAUAUAUCUCUUACCAACACCAUCGAGUUUGCCAAACUUGUGUCGUAGUUUCUUUAGGAUAAUUUGAAAUAAUCUUCACGAUGUAAAUAUAUGCUAAGGUCAUGCUGGAAGUUGUUAACUUAAGUUUUUGUUGAAUUGUUAAAAAGAUAAGUAAGCAUUAAUCCAUUACAGAUAGUGCUGUUCUUAACAACUACAACAUAUAUUGUAUAGAAAAAUUAUACAUAAUUGUAUCGAUUCUUUUAAUUAAAGGCUUUUAAGGACUAAACUUUGUUGAAGGUCUUAAAUUUUUGCUGUGUAGUAUACUUUUAAUAGUUAUGUAUUAAUUAGUACUUGGGUUUUUUAAACUCAAGACAAAACUUAUAAGGCAAUGUAAACUUUGUAUGAUAUUUUGGCAUUUUUUAGACAGUAGUGGUUAUGUAAAUUAAGCAGGAAUUGAAUAUUUUCCAUUUUGACAUUGUAUUGUUUGGAGUUGCUGCCCAAACAGUUCAUUAACUAGGCUGCCAUAUUUAUAUAUUUUGUAAUAUUGUUAAAGCAAAUAAAAUUAUUACAUUUGA